UUCUAUUUUUUACAAAACUGAUAAUAAUACAUUUAUAGCAACUAAAGAUCCGCAAUUAGAAUAUUUACCAAAAUCUAUCCAACUCACUUAUGAAGUUUAUUAGACCAAUAAAUUUAAGAAUAAAGGAAUUUCCAGGACAAGUUCAAUCAUCGGAUUGUAUACCAUUUCUGUUUCUCUACUCCACUUUUUAGGUUAUGUUUAUAGAUGGUUCCACGCUUAUGUGAUAUGUCACAUCGAAAAUCGAUACAAUGAUUACAUCUGUACUAUAUUUUGGAUAUUUUUAUUACUAAACAUAUGAUUUGGUAACAGAUGUAUAAUAUCAAACAUAAUAAUUUAUUGUUCUUUUUUAUGAAUCAGCAAAAACACAAAACGAUUAGUGUUCUUUAAAGUAUGACAAGAUCACAUAUAAAAUAUGAAAUUGCAAAAGAUGCAGAUGAUACCUCAGAUUAUUUUCUUCAACCUGUACAAGAAUUUCCUAAUACAUCUAAGAAAGAAGUAUCUCCUUGGAAGAAACUUUGCAAAAUUCUUACAUUAAUUGUCAUUUACUUUGUCUUAUCAGUAGGCCUCACAUUUUAUGUACAAUGGCUUUACAAUUCAUAUGGAUUUCAUUUUCCUCUAACUGUGGUGAUAUGUCAUUUAUCAGUUAAAUUUCUUUUAUCUUCUCUAAUAAGAUGUAUUAAAACAUGUUGGAAAAGACAGCAACAAUUAAAACUUUCUUUACAUAGUAUAUUAUGGAUGGUUAUGCCAGUGGGUAUAGCUAGUGGUCUUGAUGUUGGUUUAUCAAACUGGGCAAUUUCAUUAAUAACAAUGUCAUUGUAUACUAUGACAAAAUCAACUACUAUUAUUUUUAUUCUUGGAUUUGCUCUUAUUUUAAAAUUAGAAAGAAAGUCUUGGUCAUUAAUAUGUAUUGUAGUAAUGAUAUCAGGAGGCUUAUUUAUGUUUACUUACAAAUCAACACAAUUUGCUAUUUUUGGAUUUGUAAUUUGCCUCCUAGCAUCAUUUUCAAGUGGUGUACGAUGGACUAUGACACAACUUAUUAUGCAAAAGUCUAAACUUGGAAUGAAAAGCCCAAUUGAUAUGAUGUACUAUAUGCAACUAUGGAUGCUGUUACCUGUUGUGCCAGUGAUGAUAUGGUUUGAGGGAUCUCAUGUGUACAGUAGCUUUAAAAAUAUUGAUUGGAAUGAUGUACAAUCUAUUGCAAUGACUACUAUUGCUGUGCUUGGAAGUGCUAUUAUUGCUUUCCAUAUGGAAGUCAUGGAAUUUCUAGUUGUAACAUACACUUCUAGUCUUACUCUUUCAAUUACUGGCAUAAUUAAAGAGAUAUGUAUUUUAAUUUUGGCUGUUGAAUGGAAAGGUGAUCAAAUAAGUGGCCUUAAUUUUAUAGGGUUGUUAAUGUGCCUUGGUGGUAUCAUAAUUCACUCUAUUCAAAAAGUAUUAUCAAAUAGAAAUAAGAAAAAUGAAAACUUGGAAUUACAAGUAAAUUCUUCGCUAAGUCUUAACUUAAAAAAUGAAGAGGGAAUCGAUACAAAUUUACCUCUUUUAACACAAAAAUCAACUUCUAUAACAAAUCUUUUAAAUGCGGAAUUCAGUUCGGAAGAAGACGAUACGAUGAAACACGGUGAGAAUUCUACUCAAAUAUUGUCUAAUAUAUUGCAACGAAGGGAGCAGUAAAUCGUAGACUUGUGAUAUUGGUGUGCAACAAGACAAGAUUUAUUUACUAUUGAAGGUCAUUCCAUGUCUGACAUACAUACUGCAUUUUAUAACUAUUCUUAUGUUUGUAUUCAGUUGUAUAUCCUACAACUGCUUUUAUUUUUAAUGAAAUUUUCAUUAAUGAGUCAUAUGUUUAAGGAUGUAGUCUAUAUUAUUGGUAAACUUUAUAUUAAUGUACCAAAUUCAUUUGUUCUAUAUGAUUAUAUGAACAUGAACACCUAAACUUUUACUCCAACAUUUAUUUAUAAUGUUGUAAACAUAUAAACAAUGCAUAAAAAAAGAAGGCAUACAAAUAUUUAUUAUGGUAAAAAGAGUUAAAAGAUCAUUCCUUUCAUAAAUAAUACCGUGAAUUAUAUUUAUUUAAGAACUUUCUAUAAGUUUAACUUAUCCCUAAAAAUUUCAGUCUGUGUUAGUAGUUCUUUAUUCAAAAAUGGCAUAAUUGUAUCUUACCGAUUAGUAGCAUUUUUUUUUUUUUAAUUUUGCUGCAUUUAAUUUUUUUAUUUUUUUAUUUUUUUUUUUGAACAUUAAGGAUCCAAUAAACGCACAGUAUAAUAAUAGAUAAUUAAAUACUGCAUGUAAAUUGAAUGUUGUUAAUAACAUUUGCAAAUUUAAUGUAACUUUUUCAGUCAGAAUUUUAGUAAAAAGAUAGUAUUAUUGUUUAAUAUUAUUUUUUGUAAUGUGCAUAAAUA